AAGAACAUGAGGUGACGACAUCAAUUUGAUCCUUUUAUGCGCGAACUUGACUUGUGUUGAGGUGAUAUUCGGCGCGAGGCGAGCUUGUCAUCAUUCAGACCUGGAUCUUUCUGUGUGAAGGCAUACUUUGACUUAGUCUUCUACAACAAUGGCCUCCGUGAGUGAUAUUCUGGUAAAGGAGUUGGAUAAGCGUGCCUCGGGACAAGCGUUCGAGGUCAUCCUCGGCAGUCCCGCUCCAGAUGCUAAGAGCGAGUUCCCCCUCUCUCCUCUAAAAAAGAAGGACCUUUCCUUGGAGGAGAUCCAGAGAAAACUAGAUGCAGCAGAGGAGAGACGCAAGUCUCAUGAAGCAGAGGUUCUGAAGCACUUAGCUGAGAAGCGCGAGCAUGAAAAGGAGGUGCUUCAGAAAGCUCUAGAAGAAAACAACAACUUCAGCAAGAUGGCUGAAGAGAAACUCAACCAGAAAAUGGAGGCCAACAAAGAAAACCGUUCCGCAAUAAUGGCAGCUAUGAAUGAGAAAUUCAAAGAGAAGGACAAGAAACUGGAAGAGGUUCGAAAGAACAAGGAAACCAAAGAGGUCACCUGUGAUGCAGAAAACUGAAAUUUACAAUAACUGGGGAUUCUGAUUGGUUUCUUUUACAGAUCUGAAGGUUUUUUUUUUUUUUUAUAUUGAUGGACUGUUUUUCUUUUUGGAUGAAGUUCAUUGCUCAAUUAAAAGGAAUGAGACCAAAUAAGAGUGAUGUUCCAUCAUGAGUCUAAAUUCAGAAAACAAAAAAUGCAGCUUUGGUAUGUAAAUAGUGAUUUUUACAUGUUGUGCACUCUGUUGCAUCUGUGCACUCUUUCUUCUGGAUGUGCAGCUUUGUCACCUGAUAUUAACGGUGUUCUUCACCCUAUAGGAACCCAUGUGUAUGAUCCACUCAGUUUUCACUGUUACAGUAUGUACUCGCUUUAGCUUUUGUUCUUGCUUACAUGAGGUUAGGAGUGCUUGAUUCAGUUUUUCUGCUGUAAACAAACUUUCCUGCACAGGACUGAAUACUUGAGGCUUUACACAAAUGCAAAAAUGGCUAUUCCCAUCUUGAUGGUUUACUUGUCAACUUGUACUGUUGUAUUAAAAAUAAUAAAAAAUGCUUAUGCUA